AUGACGAAAUCGAAAAAUAAGACAGCUAAUGUAGCUAAGGCUGCCAACACGAAAGGGUUUACGGUGGACGCAGCAAAGCAGAAAACUUCCCCGGUGCCAGCAGCUGCUACCAAGGCGACUGAGGUCACACCGACACAGGUCGCGCCAGCCGAAUCUAAGUGGAAACGCAAGAAGAUAGCUGACUCGGGUGUAGGUGCCUCUGGAGGGAGCAUAACCACUGCACCGCAGAAACCGCCAAUGAAGAAGGCGAAGUCUUGUAAGGGAUCAGCCGAGGGAACGCAAUCAUCAGAGGAUUUUACGUUAGAGGAAGUGCGUCAUGCAUUGCUCUCUGAAGUUGAAUCUGGUGAUGAUCGCGAUCGACGCGGUCGUAAUUACCACAUGAUAGAAAGGGAUAGGAGAAGACUACUAAAAAUUCUCCAACCUUUGGCGCAUGAGUUGAAACCAACUCAUCAGCGAGCUGCGAAGGCCGCAUAG